GCGACUCGCUCCAUCCAGGGCUGUGCGCUCAUUGGUGGCAUGGGACGCCCAUCACUCCAGGGCUUUCCCUAUCCGCGUUCCCGGUCGGAAGUGCAAUUGAUUCUCCGGCUCUCCAUUGGGCCACCACGACGUCAGUCGAGCUGCGAGUCGAGCGAGCGAGCGAGCGUUCCCCGGCCGUCGGUUCUCCGAAAGCGCCGUCCGUCAUAUUGGCUGCUGGAGGCUGCAGCUACGAGCUCGUUCAACAAGACUCCCACAGAGAACGGGAGUCGAUGGCCGUCCGUCCGUCCGUCAUUUGAUUUGGCUUUUGAAAUGUUCUGCACGGUAGCUGCCAAAUGUUUUGAAAGCUAGGGAUGACACCGUCAAGGAUCGUCGGACCUUUUGCGCCUACGUCCGACACCGCGGAUAUAUGCCUGCUCUCGCUCAAUAGCCAUUUUUUGCAGACAAAGGGGGCUGUUGAAUAGGGCUCUCAAAAAGGCACAAGGGUCCCCGGGGGCUCUUGUUGAAAAGGAAUCCAGCAAUAUGUGGAGUAACCUGAAAAGCAAAUGCCAAACUCUGUUUCACAGCAACAGUUCAGGACCCAACGAAGGCAGGAAUGAGGCAGAUGCCGUCCACUGCGUGGUGGAUCUCGGCCACGGAGGCGCCUCCUCGGCUUCGCUUCAGGCAUCCGAAGUUUCCACCUCGUCCAGUGGCCACCUUCCGGCGCCGAUGGUAACCGUAGGGCGUCGUCAUCACAACUGCGUCUCCGACGCCGCCCCUCAGAUCGUCGAGAUCACUUUCGACAAGGACACCGAGGAUGCGGGCGGGGGGGGAUCGGUCCCUCUGGCUCGCAGAGACUCGUAUUCCCGCCACGCUCCGUGGGGGGGUAAGAAAAAACACUCGUGCUCCACAAAAACUCAAAGUUCCUUCGAGGUCGAGCGACGGUCCGGCCGCCUGCGAGGAAGCGGGAACCGUCGAGACCGACGCUAUGGAGUCUGCUCCAUCCAGGAGAUGAGCGACACUUUGUCCGGAGGUCGCAGUUUGAACGGUCGCUCUCUGCGUCAGCGACUGAGCGACACCGUGGGCCUUUGCUUACCGCUAGCGGCGAGCAGACGCUCCGCAAAGAACCCUGUUCUUUCCAAACGGAAGAUUCACCUGACAGAGCUCAUGCUGGAGACCUGCCCCUUUCCACCGGGCUCAGACCUUGCCCACAAGUGGCAUCUGAUCAAACAACACACGGCACCAGUGAGCCCACAUUCCUCCACUGCCCUGUUGGACGCCUUUGACCCGGCACACCCUUCUCCCGAGGACGAGGAGGAGCGUCUGCGCGAACGCCGCAGACUUAGCAUCGAGGAAGGCGUGGACCCACCUCCGAAUGCCCAGAUCCACACCCUGGAGGCGGCCGUGCCGGGCUCAUCUGUCUACAAACUGGGACCAAAGAUGGCUCCCGGCACGGGAGACGCUCCCGGCGACGGCCGAGCCUCGGGAACGGCCAGUUCCUUUGGAGCGUCGACGUCGGGGGCUUGCGGACAGGCGUCAGGGCCCGCGGCUUCGGCCCAGGACACCGACUCCGAGGAGGACUCGACGACCCUGUGUCUACAAGCCAGGAGACCAAAACAAAGGCACGCCUCCGGGGAAGGUCACCCGAGCAGACAGCAAGCCGGGCCCUGGAAGGUUCACACCCAAAUCGACUACAUCCACUGCCUUGUGCCCGAUUUAUUGCAGAUCACCUCUUUGCCCUGCUACUGGGGCGUCAUGGACCGCUACGAGGCCGAGUCGCUGCUGGACGGCCGUCCGGAGGGCACCUUCCUGCUGCGCGAUUCGGCCCAGGAGGACUAUCUUUUCUCGGUCAGCUUCCGGCGUUAUAACCGCUCGCUGCACGCCCGCAUCGAACAGUGGAACCACAACUUCAGUUUUGACGCGCACGACCCUUGCGUUUUCCACUCUUCCACCGUCACGGGGCUGCUGGAGCACUACAAGGACCCCAGCGCCUGUAUGUUUUUCGAACCUCUGCUCACGGCGCCCCUCCAUCGGACAUUUCCCUUUAGCCUGCAGCACCUUGCGCGCGCAGCCAUCUGCCGCUGGACCACUUACGACGGGAUAGGCUCUCUGCCGCUGCCCCCUGCCUUGCAGGACUUCCUCAAGGAGUAUCACUAUAAACAGAAAGUCCGAGUUCGCUGGCUGGAAAGGGAGCCGCCGCCGCCGCUAAAAGUCAAAUAGUCCGUUUGCCUGUCAAACGGUGGAGGAAGAUUACCCAACUUGAGAAAUGCCUCAUUACUGACUGACUGACUGACGGCUGAACCUCUUUCCAAUGGAGGUUGCCAUUCAAAUGUAACAACCUAUACAAGAUUCAUUCUAAUCUUUAUUUUAGUAAUUACUUACGGAAAAGCAUAUGAUUAUAUCUCUGUAGUGCUGUCUGGAGAGCACAAAGAAUUGACUUCAAUGAUAUGUAUAAAUACAGUAUACACAGUACCGGUAUAUAUAUAGAUAUAUAGAUAGAUAUAUUUUGGAUGAGGGCAGGGAGGAGUAGCACAGAUGGUGCAAAAACCUCCUGCAUCUGCCUGAUCCCAAAACAUCACCCUGCCUGUAGACCUUCACGCAUGCAUCCUUGUCCAUCCCCCCAAAUUCAAAUAGCUAUAAAGCCACAUUGUGUAGCUGCAUUUGUACAGGUCACUUUUUACGCACUCAAUUGUCUUUCUUGUCAUAACACGCAGUCGGCCGGUCGGUCGGACAGACACCUACCUUUCCGAGAGGUGUGUGCUCGCAUCUUGCAUUCUGGGCUUGUCUCAUAGAUCAAGCGACAUAAGCCACAUUUCUUUGCACAUGAGCUAGCGUUAGCUUAAGAAGAGACAGGGGGGAACUCUGACAGGGCCCGUGACGUUCAGGAAAGUAGUUCAGGGAAUUUAAGUGCUUUUGAAAGAAUGGUAGAUUAUUAACAACACGUGUCUCUCCCUAAACACUGAUUGUGAUUGAUAAUAAACCAGCCUAUUGUUUCUUACUUGGUAUAAGAUAAACUUGUCAACUUGAUUCUCUCGCUAUAUGGAUCGGCUUUGGGCUCAGGCUACUGCAGAAACGCACGCUUCCAAAUUCAGAGACAGACUUGGAGUUCAGUCAGAUUGUGCUGUUAUUUAAUGAACAGAGGGUUUUAACAUCUUCAUGACAAUGCUUGUCUUGCAGUCAUCUCGACUCGGUGAGUUAAUUAUGCUCAGCCAGUUGUAACAUGCUUGCAUUUUUUUUUUUCUUUUCUCAAAAGGUUUAUGAAAAGACAAUCAGUCAAAUUUGGUGCAUAGUUUUUCAUUUGGCUGUGUGGGUCACAGGAUUGUGUAGGAAAUGGGGUGCCAGUAGUUGCAAAACAAAACAAUGGAAAACCGAAUGAAAGGUUAUUUUCCCCAUCAUUUUUAAAGACUACUCCAAAAUGAAUGGAGUGUGUUGAGAUGUUGCCACCCAGCUAACAUUCUGUUGCAAAGCGACCCAUACGGCCUUCAGAACAUGGCGGUGCUGAUGAUAAUUCAAGUCUGAAGGCCCCCCAAUCCAUCCACAGCGUUAGUGUAACCUAUGUGCCUUUUUCGAUUGAAUUUCUUUCCUCUAAAUUGGCAGCAAGUUGUGCUUCUUCAGUCCAUUGAUGUCAUGGAAUCACAGUGAAAACAAAAAGUAACAAAUGGGUGCAUGUGCUCCACGCGGCGCACAUAAGAUCUUUGUCAAGUUUUCUGGUGCUAAAUUGGAUAAGCUAUGGAAAAUCAAUUACAUCAUUGUAAUUAUGCCUGGAUUAGGAUUUCUUCUGCAUGUGCUCGAGCUCAUUGGACAUUUCUUGCUGAACUUCCAGGAGAGUAGUGAAAGAAAAAAAAUGUCUCAUGUAUUUCUUGCUCCAUAUACAUUUGUUGGGUCCAAUGCAAUCUCUUCUGUAGUUUAUAGUCGUCAGUAUACCAGUCAAGCCCGAAGCAACUGAUUUUAUUUGACAAUUUUUUAAAAAGUCUGCCCUGUUAUCUUUUAAGUUGAACUUGCGUUCAAUUCAAACUUAAACCCAAUAGUGAGCCGUGAUCAUUAUUUGAAGUCGUAACACAUCUUUUUACUUCUUGUCAUUAUCAGUGAACAGAAAUUCUGAACAAACAGUGCUUAUUUAUUAUUUUGAAACACUCUUCUGUUGCCAUUGAGAAAAAGAGAAGAGAAAAAAGCCUGUGGCCAUGUAACAAUAUGUGUCGACUAGCCGGGUAAUCAUUGUUACUGUUCUAUGUGCUAAUUCACAUUGACGUUUUUUUUUUUUUGUAGACCAAAUUGAACCCUUUUGUCAAUAAGGAAAACAACGUUUUGUUCAAACUUGCACUCUAAAUUCUCACAUUUCACUUGGAUUUGUUUAGCAAUGGCAGUCUGCCUGACAUUGUCUCCAUCACACUGUGAAUUGAUCAGAACAUUUCUAUGAAAAUAAAAUUUUGAAAAGGGGCAAAGUUGGCUUGAAAAUGGCUACCGCGCUGUCAGAAAUGAAAUCAUAUGUACAAUCCUUGCUAUCAUUACUAUCUUGUAUGCUACUGCUUG